AGCCCCGCCGGCGGCCGCGCCUCCCUCGCCGUCCCCGCCUGCAGCCGGCGCCGCCGCCGCCCCGCCGCCCCCGCCGCCCCGCCGCGACGCGGGCAUGAGCCUGCCCCGCCGCCCCGCCGAGCGGGCACCCCCGGCCCGGGCCUCGGCGCCCAGCCGGCGCCGGGCGAAGGAGCUGCUAGAACAAUGCUGAGGCGGGCGAGGUGAGGAGCGGCCAGGCAGCCCGAGGAGUGUCUGGAACAGGUGAUCGGAGGUGCGGGAACCGGGCACCUGGGCAUCCCUCCCCUCGCCUCGCCAGGCCUGGCGCCCCAGGCACGGGGGAGAAACCAUGGCGACCAAUUUCAGCGACAUCGUCAAGCAAGGCUACGUGAAGAUGAAGAGCAGGAAGCUCGGGAUCUACCGGAGGUGCUGGCUGGUGUUCCGGAAAUCCUCCAGCAAGGGGCCCCAGCGGCUGGAGAAGUAUCCGGAUGAGAAGUCAGUGUGCCUGCGAGGCUGCCCCAAGGUGACUGAGAUCAGCAACGUCAAGUGUGUCACACGGCUCCCCAAGGAGACCAAGCGGCAGGCGGUGGCCAUCAUAUUCACCGAUGACUCGGCACGUACCUUCACCUGCGACUCAGAGCUGGAGGCUGAAGAAUGGUACAAGACACUGUCUGUGGAGUGUCUGGGGUCGCGGCUAAACGACAUCAGUCUGGGAGAGCCUGACCUCCUGGCCCCAGGGGUGCAGUGUGAGCAGACAGACCGCUUCAAUGUCUUCCUGCUGCCCUGCCCCAACCUGGACGUGUAUGGCGAGUGCAAGCUGCAGAUCACCCACGAGAACAUCUACCUCUGGGACAUACACAACCCCCGCGUGAAGCUCGUCUCGUGGCCCCUCUGCUCGUUGCGCCGCUAUGGCCGGGACGCCACACGCUUUACCUUUGAGGCUGGCCGGAUGUGCGACGCUGGGGAAGGGCUCUACACCUUCCAGACACAGGAGGGGGAGCAGAUUUACCAGCGGGUCCACAGUGCCACCCUGGCCAUCGCCGAGCAGCACAAGCGGGUCCUGCUGGAGAUGGAGAAGAACGUGAGGCUGCUGAACAAGGGCACAGAACACUACUCGUACCCCUGCACACCCACCACCAUGCUGCCCCGCAGUGCCUACUGGCACCACAUCACAGGUUCCCAGAACAUCGCUGAGGCCUCCAGCUAUGCCGGUGAGGGGUAUGGGGCAGCCCAGGCCAGCUCAGAAACGGACCUCCUCAACAGAUUCAUCCUGCUAAAGCCAAAGCCCAGCCAGGGGGACAGCAGCGAGGCCAAGACCCCAUCCCAGUGACAGCAGUGCUGAACACAGAGGACUGCUGGGGGCCGCCUGCAGCGUACCGUGCACAGCCAGCCCCAAGGGGCUGCUGGCCAAGAGCCUGGAGAAAGGGAGCAAGCUGCCCCCUCCUUGCCCCCAAGGGUGAGGCUGGACCGAGGCAAAGGGCUGGCCACACCACCUGAGCAUGUGUGAGGGGCUGGCGCUACUGUGGGACUAUAUACUGUUAAUGAUUUUAAUAUAUAUGGCUUAUGACAUAUUCUAUAUUAAUGAGAUUGCCCCUCUAUCCUUCCCUGCCAACACAUCCACAUUUUUGAAUCCCAUGACCAGGCCACGGUCAGGGCUGGUUUUGAGUACGAGGGCAGCGGUUUCCCUGUCCUCCGUGGCACACCCCCUGCUGCCAGGACCCGUUUGAACUGCCAGGGCCAGAGGAGGGGGACAGUCAGAACUCGAGGCUGGCAUUCUGACUGCUGGCUUUUCCCAAGCAGCCCAGGGGCCAAGACAGCAGGUGGCUUCCCAGUUCCUCUGGGCCUAGAAUGGCACAGGAAGGAUCUAAACUUCCAUUGUGUCACCUGCCAGCCUUGCACUUGGAGUCUUAAGCAGAGGUGACGUCUGGUUGAUGCCUCAGGUGAAAAUGUGGUUUUAAAAUGUAAUUUCCACACAGGCUCCUUCCAGUAGGCUGAGAAGAUGCCCUCGGGCCUGUGGAGGAAGGCAGGGCUGAGGCAGGGCUGCGUGGGGAGCGCGCCUGCUGCCCCUCUGGCUGACCAGGGCUGGACGGUGCCUCAGCAGAGGGAGCCCCUGCGCCCCAUGUCUGGCCACCCCUUGUCAGCCAAGAGCAUUCAGAAACCAAGACCUUCCCACUCUCUCCUCCCCACAUGGUGCUGAGGCUCCCUGCUGAGACGCAAUUAAAGCAAUUCAUUUUCUAGUGCUGGUAUUUACCGACUACCAUGCAGAAGGGCUAUCUUUCUAUUCACAUCAAACCUUUGGUUGCGUGGUUUUUUUGUUUUUUAAAAAAUACUUUAGGUUCUGAUUUGUGGGACUUGACCUUCUUGUAAAUAACGACUAUUCAAGUUGUGGCAGGACGAUAAAGAGGCCCCUCCCAAGGGAGCCCUAGAGCCAGGGAGGUGGCUUAGCCAGCUUGGCUCUGAAUGUGACCCAGAGAAUGACCACCCAGAGGCAUGAGCUACCCUGAGGAGGGGAACUGGGGUCCAAAGGCCUUUGGGGAGGGAGGCAGAGCUGGCUGGCUCAGCUAAGUGGCACGAUGACGCAUGAAGGAGAUUAUGUUGUGCUCUUUAUUGCCAAAAAUAAACACUUUUAAAAAGACAACUACUGUUAAUCAAUAAAUAUCCCUUCCUUUCUGUACUGCA